UGGUGCCUAAUCCAGAUGAUCCGACUUGCCCGAUGUUCCCAAAGUAUUUGGAAUGGGUUCUAUGCAACCAAAAUGAUCUUGGUUUUUGGUUUGACGAGCAACAUGAACUUCAGCUUGAUCAUCAUGAGCUUAUAAAUUAUAAGCAUCAAUGGAGCGGCGAAGAUCUUUUGGCCACUCUUGUUUGCUUAAUUGCUCUGAAGACUUGGGAGAUCACUGGUUUCUCGUACAAAAUAAACAAAGGAAUAAAAUUUCUUCAAGACAACUUGGAGAAUGAAUUGAUGAAUAUGAGAAAGAGCAUAGAGGGUGGUGAUGAAGAUGGGCUUGCUCUUCUUCAUAGGUGGUUUUUGAUGGUUGAACUUGCGAGGGCAAAAGGCUUGAAAGUCUUUCCUGAUCAACAGAUCACUAAUGAAAUUUUUCAUGAAUUUAAAUUGAAAGGAACAAAGCUUAAAAGAGAAGAGAAUGAUGAGAUAAUUACAGAGGAGAGGGUUGUGAUGAGAGAGAUCGCAUUUGAAAACUCCAACUCAUCCCUACUCUUUCAAUCACCGUCGACAGCCGCUUGUACUUACAAUGAAUUAAACCGGAGACCAAAAGUUACAAACUUAACCUUCAGCACUUGCUUACCAUUGCCGAACGUCGUGG